AUGAGACGACAAAAUUCACCUUCUCUCUUCAUCUCCUUGAGCUCCGAUGAUGCUUACAUUUCCCCUUCUUCUCCCUCGUCCGAGUUUUCCAGUGCAUAUACCCACACAUUCACCUCUCCCCAGCCAGAGGAGCCGGACGACGCGAAGGUUAUCGACGCCAAAGUACUGACGAGACCAAAGACGCUUCCUUCUGAGAUAUUGCUUCAUAUCAUCACUCUUUUCUUCGAGUCUGCUCCUACUUUUCCUACCAUUGCUGCGCUUUCUCUGGCGUCUUUUCAGCUCCGCGAGGCUGCUCUACGCGUUUUCUUUCGUGACCUGACAAUCUCUGCAAACUACAUGUUCUCUGUUGUCAGCCUUCACCUCUCUCUGCUUGAGGGCUCUCAGGCAAGAGGCAAUCUGGACGAUGUCGGCCUGGGAUUGGUCAGCCGAGUCGACUCGGCUGCUCUUUUCUCUGUUGCCUCGUCUUGUCCAUCUCUCGUUACUCUGAGCGUCAGCUGCACCGAAGGACUCGACGUCUCUUGCUGCUGGCACUGCUUCACGGAAAGCACGACCGCCGUCGUGCAUUCGCCUAUCCCCAACUACUACGCGAGCAUAGCUGUGAUGACGGACGAAUACGCUAAAGCCCUCAAGACGCUCACUAAACUAACUGACCUCCAUCUCGGCGUCUUCCUCUCCGACGAGACGAUGAUCGACCGCCACCUCGACCACGAACACGGACAACAGACCUUCCGCUUCCUCCUCCGCGGGCGAGACCCAUUCAACCGGCCUCUAGGCAAAAUCGGGACGACUCUGAGCCAGGACGACGCGGACCCGUCGACUGCCCGCCGGCAAAUCCACUACACGGGAGACGAGGAGGACGAAAUCCACCUCAGCUACGAGGACACCGAGCUCGACCCCGCCACGCCGCACACGCCCGACCGCUGUCCCGUCUGCCACAUUCUCGUCUCCGUGCCCGAGGUCCGCAUGCGCGAGCUGGAGGCGAGCCUGGCGAUGGCGGUUCAGCUGCGCUCUCUGCGCACCGUCUCGUGGAGCACGUUUUUUCCGACUGAGACUAAAGGCGCGCUGGCGAAAGGGAUGGUGUACGGCGAUCCGACUAGGGUUACGAGGGCCUUUGUUCGGCGGUGUGAUGGGCGCGUGAGCAUACGACGGAAGGCUUGGACCUGA